AUGAUACCAAUAUUAUUUUUAGCCCUGUUGGUAGCAUGGGUUUCCGUUGCUGAAGCCGCUAUCCAAUUCGAUCUGCUCGAUAUAGAGGGCUUAAACAGAUUCAAAACCAUACACUCGAGAUAUCCUCACUUGGCACGUUCAACCAUUGAAACACUACGAACAAAGGCCAAAUAUGCUCUCGAAAACCCUCAUCCAUAUUCAGUUAUCAACACUUCCAUAACGCCUCCCAAUGGUAACAAGCACGAGUUCUAUUCGUUGGCUGCCUACUGGUGGCCAAAUUGCGAUGGCAUUGAGGACGUGCAAGACCCAGAUAGAGAUUGUCCGUAUGUGCGAAAGGAUGGACAAUGGGUCCCAGACAUAAAAAAAGCGACUGAUCCCAAUGACUUCAAUGAAAUGACAGCGGACGUUACAACGCUAGCGGUUGCAUAUACAAUAUUUGGUGAUGAAAAGUAUGCAGAAAAGGCUGCUCUCCUUUUGAACACCUGGUUCUUGAACAUCGACACAUAUAUGAAACCUUCGGUAAACUUUGGACAAGUUAUACGUGGUAAAAGUCAUAAUAAUAAAGGUAGAUCAGAAGGCAUACUGGAAUUAAGAACCAUAGUAUAUAUCCCCCAAGCUCUUGCUUUGAUCGAGAAAUCAGAAACUGUGGGCAAAAGAUUAACGCGUCCACUCAAAUCGUGGUUUAAUAAAUACUCGACUUGGUUGGUCACCUCGCCUCUUGGCGUUAGAGAAAAGAAUCAUCCCAACAACCACGGCACAUUCUACAUCGCACAAACCGCGGCAUGUUUACAUUUCGCAGGCAGAGAUGUUGAGGCACGCAACUUGAUUAACGAUUUUGCUGACGGAUAUUUCAAGGACCAGAUAGACAAAGAUGGAAAACAGCCGCUAGAAACUGCACGCACAAAAGUAUACCAUUACGAAUGCUUCAAUCUGCUUGCGUUGGUGUAUAUCGCCCGUCUGUCGAUAAAACUGGAUGGUAUUAACUUGUGGGAAACCGAAACUCAUUAUGGCGUAACAAUAAAAGCGGCCGUUGAUCAUCUGGUUAAAGUUACCAAUAACCUCUUGGGUGACAUGCAGGCUGGGAAAGAACUAAAGGAAAGGUUGUUCGCGUUUAGAACACCUCUAUAUGCAGCUAGAGAUUAUUACGGUGAUCCUGAUGGAGAGUACGGACCACUUCUGGAAAAACUUCUUGAACUGCCCGGUGGACCGAUUGAAUAUUGGGCACUGUGGAGUCCAUAUACGUUAGAAGGCCUUUCAGACGAUACAUACGAAACUUAUGCAGAUGAAUGGAAUCUUAUUAGUGAGGACCGUUCUGGUAUGUUGCCUGACGUAAUGAUUAAUGGUGGACUACUUGCUGCCAUUAUUCUGAUGUGGUUGUUAAGGAAGCAGAAAAGAAGGUCGCUUGUACGUUUGUUAGUCAUAAUAGCUUGUUUGUGUGCCACAGCCGCUUUCUAUAAUAUUCUUAAAAUCCAUACUUUAUAA